GCCCAAUUCCUCUCCCGUCAUCUCUGCCGGGAAACUGAAGAAAUUUUCAUCAUCUCCUCUUGCCGAAGCUUUCCCUCAAUUUGCUCAAAAGUAUUAUUAUCCGCUGCGGUCACAUGUUCACGAAUAGCCAAAGGCAAGAAGAACGCACCGGAAAAUAUGGAACUCAGAGGGUGGAAUACCUUCAGGAAUUGGUAACUCAGUUUCAGAAUGCAUCUUCUGAAGAGACAAAAGAGAAGAUUGUUGCUAAUUUGGCCAACUUUGCAUAUGAUCCUUACAAUUAUACUUUCUUGCGCCAGCUUAAUGUUAUAGAACUUUUCCUCGACUGUAUAACUGAGCCUAAUGAGAAGCUUGUGGAAUUUGGGAUUGGAGGAAUCUGCAACGCUUGUGCUGAUACAGCAAAUGCUGCUCUCGUCACUCAAAAUGAUGGUAUCCCUCUCGUCAUCCAGUGUUUGUCAAGUCCUGUUAGGAACACGGUAAAUUAUGCUCUUGGAGCUCUGUAUUAUCUUUGCAAUGCGUCAAACAAGAAAGAGAUCUUAAAGCCAGAAGUAAUUGAUGCAAUCAAGAGUUAUGCAGCUGCAGGUGAAGUUAGUACAAGCUUCAGCAAUUUGGCUCAAGCUUUCUUAGAUAAACAUGUGUAGUACUAUACUUGUGCUGGUGCGAGGUUGUACCUACCCGGUUGAAUACUCGAGGUGCGCGCACGCUAACCCAGGCAUCGCCGUGAAAAAGAGAGUCAUCAAAAUCCAAAACCAACGUUGUUUGUUCCUUGACUCUCGAAUGGCUUCCUAUCCUAAAAUAUAACAAUUUUACUAAGUAUACAUGUCAAAGUUUUUAAUCGGAAAAAAACUUGUGGAUAAUUAACUGUCAUAAUUCUAGAAAGCUAACACGUUACUCCUG